AUGGCUCCGGCGACAUGGACGCUGCCUCUCACCUGCCUGGUGCCACUCCUGCUCUGGAGAGCUCUGGGUGCGGGUGCCCAGGCGGGCCGGACCUUCGAGCUGCAGCAGCCCCAGGACAAGGUGUCGGUGGCGGCAGGGGAGACGCUCACCCUGACCUGCACCACGUCUGGAGACGGACCCCCUGGUGCCGUGAAGUGGCUGAAGGGCUGGGGCAGUGGGAACGAGACCGUUUAUGACCAGACGGGCUCCUUCCCCCGCGUGACGCGGGCCGUGGCCGAGUCCAACACGGACUUCAGCAUCCACAUCAGGGAUGUCCGACCCGAGGAUGCCGGCACCUAUUACUGCGUGAAGUUCCGCAAAUCGCUGAGCGGUGCUGAUGAGGUGUUUCGGCGUGGAAACGGCACAGAGGUGUCCCUGCACGUGGCCAUGGGCAGCUUGUCGCCCAUCCCUCUGCGGUGCUGUGCCGGGACCCCCAGUGAAGUCCUGGGUGCAGAGACCUCAUAUCUGCCCAGCCGGGGAGGAAUGAGCCAUGAAUAUGGGGAAGAGCAUCCCGUGCCGAUGCCCCGGCUUACAGGGACUCUGCAAGGCUCCGGGGCCAAGCAAAGCAGCAAGGAAGACGACGACAUCCACUACGCUGAUCUCCAGCCCCUGCCCGUGGCGCCGCGGCACAGCAGGAGCCCCGGCGCAGCCUGCUCCGAGUACGCCAGCAUCAGGGUAGCUGCCAAGUGA